AUGGCGUGCGCCUCUGACGAUCCGCAAGGGGGGUUAUUCCGCGACAGAAAUAACACUGAUCCCGCGCUCAUGCCAGGCAUCGUCCCGCAGCCCAUCUUAGCCACCGAGAAAGGAAACCACUUCAUAUUUGAUAAAGAGUUUUGGAACAAGCGAGUACGGUACGGAUCUCUUUACAACAGGGGCUGGAUUUUCCAGGAACGCCUUCUCGCCCCACGAGUCCUCUAUUUCGCUGAAGAUCAGGUCAUGUGGGAAUGUCUGUGCGAAACCAAGUGUGAAAGCUUCCCCGAGGGCAUCCCAUACAACAGAUCUCUCAAGAAGCUCGACGUGUUAUGGCAUGAGAACAACCCGGAUGAUAACAGCGUCCAGAGAGAUAUGAUCUUACUUACAGCCUGGAAUAAGCUUGUUAAAGAGUAUUCGCAAUGCACCUUUACCGUUGCUAGCGACAAGCUACCCGCAUUUUCAGGGGUAUCCCGAUUAUUCGAAGAUGUCUCCAGUGAUGAGUAUUUGGCUGGGCUUUGGAAAUCUCAUUUACUUGAACAACUAGACUGGCGCGUCCUGUUGCCGGUUCGACGCGUCUCGUCUAA